CCUUUUGGAUGCAGCAAGCCUCUGAAAAACAAGGGUCUUCUCUCUCCUUCUUGGUGAGCUAGGGUCACUUUAACAGAGUGCUUCUGCGUCCCUCUGGGGCUACUUCUGAGGCUGCAAUUUCAGCCUCUCCAAAGAAUUCUCUUACCUGUUCUGGAGUUUCUUAGAGUCCGGGUCCCCAACAACCUGGAACUACCUGUCAGCAGAAACUAUCCAGCAGUUCCCACCCCGGAACCUUAGGGCAGCAAUGGGGUUGCACUGGCCAUUAAUGGCCAUUAUCCAUUUUUAAUCAGAAAGAUCACAAGAAAGAUGGUAAGCGAAACCCGGUCCGAGUCCAUUUAAAUAAUAUUCCUAGGGAAAUCCAAUCACUUAUAACUGAGACACCUACGCUAGUGCGAGAGCGCCCCGCCCGUCUGGCGGGGAAGAGCGUGCCGGCUGAAUUAAUCAAGAUCAAGGGGCUCCCAGGCUGAGAGCUCAGCCUUAACCCUUCCAGCGCUGCGGGGUACCGAGGUGCUGGAGGAAGAGCUCGGCGGGCGACGGCUAAGAUGCCCAGAGAGGCCCAGCGCAGGCCGCCUCUGUUCAUCCCCGUUGCUCCGCAGGCUUCGCCCGGGACCCAAGCGCCCCGGCGCCCCUACUCCAGGUCACAAGCUCCGGAGGCGGCUACAGCGCUGAGCAGCAACCGCCUCCCGCAGCCUCGGCGCACCCCGGGCUCCUCCUCCCUCCCCAGCGUGGCCAAGUGAGCACCGCUCCGGCCGCAGGUAGCCCGGGCGCAGGAGGCGGCGCGCGCGGGACCCAUCGCAGUUCCGAGCCGCGCGGCCAGACGGAGCUCCGAGCAUUUGCGGUCCCGGAAGCCGGCGGACAUCUGCGCCGGCCAUGUGGGGCCCCGGAGUCACCGCCGAGGGCCUGUCGGUGGCUCCAGCACCGCCACCGCUGCUACCGUUGCUGUUGCUGUUGGCGCUGGCGCUGGUGGCGCCCUCGCGGGGCGGCGGGGGCUGCGCAGAGCUGGCUUGCGGCGAACGGGAGCGCUGCUGCGACUCGGCCAACGCUACGGCCGUGCGCUGCUGCAAGCUCCCGCUCCACGCCUUCCUGGACAACGUGGGCUGGUUCGUCCGCAAGCUCUCUGGGCUGCUCAUCCUGCUAGUGCUCUUCGCCAUCGGCUACUUCCUGCAGCGCAUCAUCUGCCCCAGCCCACGCAGGUACCCGCGUGGCCAGGCGCGACCUGGCCAGGCACGACCCGGGCCUGCCGGGAGUGCCGGGCCGCCGGGGACAACGGGGCCACCCGACGACGACGACGACUCUCCCGCUCUGCUGCGCGACGAGGUGGCCGCGGGCUCUCAGGACUCAUUGCUGGAUAGUGGCGGCGGCCGGAGCCGCGGAGGUGGCGGACGCCCGCAUCCCUCCUGCGUUUCGGAGCACGAGCUGCGCGUGGUGUCACCGGUCUUCCUCCAGCUGCCCAGCUACGAGGAGGUCAAGUACCUGCCCACCUAUGAGGAGUCCAUGCGGCUGCAGCAGCUCAGCCCUGUGGAGGUCGUGUUGCCCGUGUCGGUGCUCGGCCGUCCGCGAGGCGGCAGUGCCGGGGACCCCGACGGCGGCCAGGGCCGUUUCCCGCUCAUCUGAGUGCAGGGAAACCUCAUGGGGAUCACCCAGACCGUACCAGAUUGGGGGCUGAGGGUGGCACGCAACAGCUGGUGUGUUGGCGGCCGCCACUGACUGCCUCUGACCACACCUAGAAUCCCCGCACAACCUGUCGCCCCGCGCCUGGGAUUGGGGCCAGUCCCCUCCCUCUCGCUUCCCGGGGAACCUGUGUUUUUCUGUUUCUUUGGGCUCAAGGCUGGGCAGCUAGCUCGGCGAGGGCAAACUGCUUUGGACU